AAUUAAAUCCCUAAAAAAAAUGGCGGCCUCCAGUGAUGAUCGGGGUUCGCGUAGAACUCCGCCUUCUUUGAAGGAAAUUGUGAACAAACUUUGCACUAAAUCCCCUAAUAAUCUGGAGAAUGGACUGCAGGAGAUUCAGGGCCUGGUUCGUAAAAGCAGGGGACUUGAAGUCGUGAGUGAGUUUCGGGAAUUAGGAGGUUUAAAUGAAGUUGUGCAGGUGGUUAAAAAUGACGUGAAUGAGAAAUUGACAGAUAUGGCAUUGAGUGUAUUGGCAACGUGUUGCAGAGAACAGGAGUCGAAGAGUAGGGUCCAUGCACUAAAGGGGAUUCCAGCAAUAGUUGAGGUGCUUAGAGCACACAGUUCAGUCAGUGUCAUCAACAGAGCAUCCAGGGCUCUGGCCAACCUUGCAGAAGCCCCCAAGCUCUCUGCUGUCAUUCACCAAGAAAAAGUCAUUCCCCUCCUCAUCAGAUUGUUGAAGGAGACACCAGACUCUAACUGUCGACAGAGCAUCCUACGCACGGUACGGAUACUCGCGGACACCAGUCAACACACUUGGCAGAUCCUACAGUCUGAGGGACUGUUGGCGGUUCUCAGUUGCUUGGAUUCAGAUGACGUCAAGCUCGUUAGCUGUGCUGUUCAAACGGCAGCCGAGUUAACCAACCAUCUUGGAUCAGAACAUAGCACAGAAGCCCUCAGGUCUUAUCUGGAGGCAGGAAGGCAAGCUGUUGAAGAUAACAGAGUAGAGCUCUUAGUGGGGCUCCUGUCUCACUCCAAGCCUUCCAUCCAGGAGCAUUCCCUGAUGGCAUUACUGAAUUUGAUGGUAUCGGAGGGGGUCAGGGUUGCUGCAGGUAAAGCGGGUGGGGUGGAAGUCUUCAUAGAGCGUGGCAAGGCUACCACGUUCCCAGGGUGGGCCACAUACAUCCACUGCCUGUGCUUCUGCUGUCGGGAGGCAGUCAACAGAGUCAGGGUUAGGAAUCUGGAGGGUCUGCAGGUGCUCCUCAACAUCCUGAAGAGCUCUGAUGAAGAUUGUGUGAAGCUCCAUGAGACAGUUCUGGUUGCCCUAAUGGAUUUCUACUAUGAUGAGCAAAGUCUCAACUACCUAGCUGCCUGUGGGUUUAUCCAGAUCCUGGUAUCUCAACUGAGACUAGAAGAAAAGGCAUCAGUCAGUACCUCUUCUGGCUGCUCUGAAUCUAGGAGUGGUACAGAUGAACUAAAGGAACCAGAGUUUGAUUCAUCACCUUCAUCCAGCAAGUGUUCAGGCAUGACGCAGGGAUCCUUCAGUGCCCCCCAAAAAAGGGCAAGAUCUUUGAGUGAGGGUCCUGACAAGAAACACCUCAGUGAGACUGAACCUGCAGUUGGUAUUAAGCAGACUUUUGCCCACGACAGUCCACUUCUGGGACGAAAAGCGAAAAGGACCAGGGUGUCAGCUGCUACAGAGCCACAAAAUGAUCCCCAACCCAAGACCGCUGCCUCUUCUACACUUCCUUCCGCAAUGGUGCAAACCGCUGCAGUUCAAGAGAGUAUCUCCUCAUCUCAGCCUUCUUCAGUUGCCUCAGGGAUGUCACCUGGAUCUUCCACCACCGACUAUCACGCUUAUCUCAAUCUAGAAGCUACUCCAUAUUCACCUCCAAGCAUUGACUGGGAGUGGUUUUUGCAGCACCGCGAGCAGACGGGCCAGGGGCUAUCACCUCGGAGCUUCUCCAGUUUUUCUUCUCCACUUUCCCUCAGUCCAUCGAGAUGUGAUUUCUCACCAAUGUCAUCGCCUCUGUGGUCACCUCAGAACUCGCCCGAUCACGCGCCCUCGUGGUCCUCACCUCAUCACAUUUCUGAUGGCUCACCCCAACUAGCACCUGAGUGGUCACCUCAGCAUUCUCCACAGUGGGAGAGUCAGCCCUCACCAGAUCCAACUGAACGCACCCCUGUUGGUGAUGUUUUGGCAGUUCCUGACAGCCCUACACAGCCCAGAGUAACAGUUUGUUACCUUAAUUUGGAAGAUAAUAUUGAAGUUUCUCAAGAUGGAGGUUCUGCUCAAAGCAACCAGUCAGAUGAGGCAGACAAUCUAAUAACAGGGCCAGCUAAGGGGCUUGUAACUUCAAAACCAUCUGCAGAGGAGCAGUCUGGGAGCAGUAAGGGAAGUCAGGGAGGUGGCACUUUCAGAGAACCUCGUUCUAAGAGCUUAAAAAUGAGGACUGGGAAAAGUAAUACCACAUCAGUUUGCCGUCUUACCCCAGAUGUUCCCAGCCAAAAGGAUCUGGAGUCAGACACAGACCUUCUUUCCUUCAUGGGGUCCAAGGAACCAACAGAAAAAGCGGUUGCAUCCAAAUUUGAAAGGUACAUGGAGAUACGCCGAGCAAAACAGGAAGGGAAGCUGAGAAGGAGAGAGUAUGCUGCAGUGACGCUACUCUCACGUUAUUCCCACAUGGACGACCCAAGCAUCCACAUGGCAAGGGAGUCUGUGGUGUCUGUGUUGCUUGACUACCAACCAAGCUCAGCUUACCUGCAACCUAAAUGCCAGCGGACUCUGCACAGGAUCUUGAGAAAUAGACUCUGCUUUGAGCAACUCAUCACCGAGCAUGUACCCAUGCUGAUUGCUAGGAAGAUGAUCGACAGAGAGAACAAGGCAGAGCUUGAUCGUUCUAUUGAUACCAGUAAAGGAAAGCCCAGAAGCAAGAGAAGUCAAAGUGCAGAUGAUCUGAGGUGCUUACCAAGCAGAACAGUGCCAAGCUACUCUGACAAUCCUCAACCAGGGAGAGUUAACAAGAGGAUCCUAACAGAAAGAAGUCACUCUUCAACGUCCGAGCCUGCUACCAUAUCCACAGAAGCAGCAUGUUCAAGGACAAACCCUCCAAACAGAACACAUAGCUGUGAAGCCGACACUCUCUCAGCCCUCAUUGAUGACUCGGCAUCUGACACAACCUCAGUCUGCAGUAUGGAUACUCUGGAAUCAGAGCAGUUCCAGCUCUGGGGGGACACGGCUUCACCCCUUUAUCCACUGAUGGUCUCAACCUGCCAGUUUAGGCAAGGAAUCAUGCUAAGACUUCUGUCUGGGUCUUUCAAAGAAAAGAUGGCAUGCAUCCUUGCUGUACCCUACAUCUGUCAGAAUAAUAGCCUCAAGAGAAGACUUCUCAUCAAGUAUAGGGGGCUUCAAAUCCUGCUGGAGUGUCUCUGCAAAGGUAAGAGCGUACCGGAUUUGUUCAACAAAGCGGUGCAAUGUCUACGUGACCUCUCAGCUGCAGUAUUCCUAAAUUCAAACCAGGAAGAAUGUAUUCAGUGGAGACGCCCAGGAGACCCUGCUAAGAAGGUAACUUUAGAGGGUUCUAAAAAGGAGGAAAGGUAUUCAUCAUUGAGCAUGGUCAGAGAUGGUAGCUCCUCCUUGCACAAUGAUGCAGGGACGAGAUGUACAAGUAAGGUUGAUCAUCUAUUUCACACUUCAAAGGCAGAAAGUAGAAACAUUCAGAAAACCGCUGAGGAAGCCAUGGAUACUUGCUCUUCAGAAGUCCAGGAUUCAAAGGACAAAGAUUCUCUCCCUGAAGGUCAAGAGUAUAUUAGAGUACCUUCUACAGCAACCACGGGUGUCCUAUCAAAACCAGAUGCCUGCCUCCUUGAUGCUGCAGACAAGGAGUUUGAUGUAAAUUUUGUCUUGGACCAGGAAGUAGUGAUCCAGGCCCACAGGGACAUCCUCACCAAGAGCUCAGAAUACUUCAGCUGCCUCCUGGAGGGUCCCUACUUGGAAUCAGGACAGAGCAAGGUACCUCUCAAAGAGAUUUCCAAGGAAGCUCUGGCGUUAAUUCUUCAUUCCUUAUACGGAUGCCAUCAAGCAGAGUGCUGCCACAUGAAAAGCACAGUGGCCGGCGGCUGCAAGGUGAUCUUGGAGUCAGUAGCAUGCUCCGGUCGAUUUCUUCUCUGGUCUGUCCAAAAUCAGAUCUGCGACAUAAUUGUAGACACUUACAUGAAUGCUGCUACUGUAGUGAAUCACUUCCAGUUUGGCUUGAAGCACAACUGCUCCAAGCUAACCGGCGCCUGUUUGAUGUUCAUGCUGACAAGUGGUCAGGUGAUGCCUGGGCACUUUCAGGAACUGGUUGAGAGAGGAUGUGCCGAUGAAGCCUUCAAGACUAUUGAGAGAAUGAUUACUGAUGCACUUUUUUCCAUUGCUUGAGACAUUAACGCAUUUACGUGUAUAUCAAGCAUGACCAAAGCAUGCAUCACCAAAGUCUGUAGGCCUGAAAUUUGUUGCCAAUGGGAGACUAUUGAGACAUUGGUGGCAGCAAACACACUGGUCCUUUUCCUAUUGUUUUCGUCAUAUUGAGCAUGCGCGCUUGAGCUUCAACAUGAUGUAAACAGUUGAAAGGAUUGGUAUGUUUGCUGCCACCAACGUCUCAAAAGUCUCCCAUUAUCUAUGUAACCUUGACAAGAUUUCAUUUAAACUUAUUUAUUUUUGUAAUUCAUGAAAUAAAUGAAUAAUCAGCAGAGAUUUUCAAUUUAAAGUUUAGGACAAAUAUUUAUUGCAUCAUUAACCCUUGCUGUCUAACACGCCAUUGACUUUACAAGCAAAAUGUGCAAAUAUUGAAGUGUUUUGGAGAGUGGAGGAAAGCAAGGGUUAAGAAGUAAUUAUCAGAAGAGCAAUUUGCGUUUCUGUUCUGCUCACGUGGCAGGGCACGGACUUAUUGUGUUAAUUCAUUAUAUGUACACUUUUGUCUCUGCUUAUUCUGUGUGGAUGUGGGUUUCAUUUUUUUUAUGAAGAUUUUUUUUUCGUCCACUGCCUGAUCUGAGCCAUUUACGAGAGGCUGCACUUUGCCAAAUUAUGGCGAAAAUGAUCUUUGGUGGUGUCUGACUGCACAAGUUUCUCAAAGUCAGACCCAGAAACUGAAGACACUGUACCUUGACGCCUUCAAAAACAUAGUUAACCCAUUGAUGUUUACGUGUAUAAGAGUAGUCUUUGCCCAAUACGUGAGCGAUCAAUGAGAUGGUUGCAUUAUUGUAAAGCACACUUGCACAAUUGUUAUUUUACUUUCUCGCACUAACGUCUUAGGACUUUUGCAGUAAUGGGAGCGUGGCCCGUAGUCACUCGCGCAGGGGUAUCACUGUGUUGCAUACAUUUGUGUAUGUAAUCAUAGAGGUAGAAAACACUAGCAAUGCUUGAUCAUCACACGUAGCGCGUAUGUUUACAACCGUCGCGCGAGUACGUGACUAGACUGACUAUAAACCAUUUCGCAAUCGCCGACUGGUUCCCUAGGAAAGCCUAGGGAGAAAAUAAAGAAACAGUUAAACGGCUACUACAUAAUUCCCAAGAAGUUAGUGCGAGCAGGCGCGCUGGUCUAAUCACGCCGUUAGAUAUGCAGGAUCCAAGACUUGGGCCAAGACUAG